UUAUUAUGUAAAUCUAUGUCCACAACCAUUCAGAACAAGGUCCAGAGACCCGGAAUUUAAAUCGUUUGAUAUUUGAUAGCAGUAGGCAGACGUACAUUAUACACUGCGCUACUGCACAGCACCAUCAUGAUCUCAGAAUGGGUCUCAUAUAUAAUGUUUUACCUGCUCGCUGCUGUUUUCAGUGCAUUUCUUGCAUAUUGUCUGUAUGUUAGACAUGUUCAUCAGAAAUAUGAUCAUAUACCUGGACCUCCAAGAGACAGUUUUCUGCUGGGGCAUAUACCAAGUUUCAAUAGAGUGAUGAAAUCGGGAAUCCUUGUACACGACUUAUUUCUUCAAUGGGGAGAAAAAUAUGGCCCUGUUUACAGGAUGAACAGUUUUCAUUAUGUCGUCAUCAUGGUUCAUUGUCCUGAGGCUACAAAGACAAUCCUGAUGUCACCUAAGUAUCUCAAAGAUCCUUUUGUCUACAAACAGCUCUUUAACUUGUUUGGAAAAAGGUUCUUGGGAAACGGGCUAAUUACGGCAGCGGACCAUGACGUCUGGUACAGGCAGCGUCGCAUCAUGGAUCCUGCCUUUAGCAGCUCAUACUUACGAAGCUUGAUGGACACUUUUAACGAGAUGUCGGAGCGCCUAAUGGACAAGCUGGAGGAAAUGGCAGUAAAGAAAACACCUGCCGUUAUGCACGACCUGGUCAACUGUGUCACACUCGAUGUCAUUUGCAAGGUGGCUUUUGGUGUUGAUUUGAAUUUCUUGGCGCAAACUGACAGCCCCUUCCAGAAUGCAGUAGAGCUGUGUUUAAAAGGCAUGGUGUUUGAUCUCAGAGACCCAUUUUUUAGGCUUUUUCCCAAGAACUGGAAAUUUAUACAGCAAGUUAAAGAUGCAACUGAACUCCUGCGUAAAACGGGAGAAAAAUGGAUACAAAACAGGAAGAGAGCUGUAGAAAAUGGAGAAGACGUCCCUAAAGACAUUCUCACACAAAUCCUCAAAACGGCAGAGGAGGAAAAAGUUAAUAAUGCAAAAGAUGAUGAGCUGAUGUUGGACAAUUUCGUGACUUUCUUCAUUGCUGGGCAAGAGACAACAGCCAAUCAGCUCUCGUUUGCGAUCAUGGAAUUAGGGAGACAUCCUGAGAUAUAUAAACGGGCUAAAGCAGAAGUGGAUGAAGUUCUUGGGACAAAGAAAGACAUUUCACAUGAAGACCUUGGAAAAUUCACUUACUUGUCUCAGGUACUGAAGGAAACACUGCGUCUGUACCCCACUGCUCCAGGAACCAAUCGCUGGUUGCAUGAGGACAUGGUUAUAAAUGGGCUGAAAGUCCCAGGGCACUGUUCUGUUGCUUUCAGUUCUUAUGUCUCUCAAAGACUGGACAAGUUUUUUAAAGAUCCGUUGAAGUUUGAUCCUGAGAGAUUUGAUGUGAAUGCCCCAAAGCCUUAUUACUGCUACUACCCAUUUGCACUUGGCCCACGAACCUGUCUAGGGCAGGUCUUCUCACAGAUGGAGGCAAAAGUUGUGCUUGCCAAACUGCUGCAGAGAUUUGAGUUCAGUCUGGUUCCUGGACAGUCUUUCGACAUUAAAGACACUGGAACUCUACGGCCCAAGAGUGGAGUGAUCUGCAACAUUAAACCAUACUGUUCCUCUUUAAGAGUCAUGAUGGCAAAACAUUGUCCUAAUGAUGACCUGAGUAAGAUCUCUGAUGAUGAACUGAUCAGAUGGAGCAAAGAGGACUUGAUAAUGAGACUGAGAAAGGUUGACAGUGAGAAGAUGAACCUGAUGCUGGAGCAUGGGAACAUGAUGAAGGACAUCAACCGCAGACUGCAGCUGCACCUCCAUGAGAUCCGUAAUCUAAAGGAUAUCAAUCAGAAACUGCAAGACGAUAACCAGGAGCUCAGGGAACUCUGCUGCUUUCUCGAUGAUGAUCGGCAGAAAGGUAAGAAGCUGUCUCGGGAAUGGCAGAGGUUUGGGAGGUUUACGGCAAGCUCCGUGUGGAAAGAGGUGAGCACGUAUCAGCAGAAACUCAAGGACCUAGAGGUUAACCAGGAAAACAUUCUUCGGGAGAACGCAGAACUAAAGGAAAUCAUUCUCAUGUUGGAUGAAGAUAGGAAUGGAGCUGGAUCUAGGAGUUCUAUUGACAGCCAGUCCAGUCUGAGCAACCUAAAUGGAGGUUCGGGCACUGUCAGAGAUGUAGGUGAUGGGAGCAGUACCUCCAGCGGUGGAAGUGCUGGCAGCCCAGACCAUCAUCAUAAUCAUAUACACAAGACUGUAGAACCCAAGAUUGGCACCAUAAGACGAUCGAUGGAUGAUCUCUCCGCUCCACAUCAUCACAGGAGCAUCCCCAAUGGACUCAAUGAUGCAUCCUCAAACUACAUUCGCCAGCUGGAAACCAAGGUCCGGAUUCUAGAGGACAAUAACAACAAACUUCUGUCACAAUGUAAUCCAGGAGACCUGCGAGUCUUGCGGAAGGGCAUGACCCUCUACCACUCAGAAACACAAUUGUCCUCCCUCCCCCAAAGGCAGGAGGCCCUGCUGAAUGGAACUGGAAGACUACAGACCAGUGAAUCUUCUCCCUCCACUGGGUUUAUCUCAUCUGUACAGAAACCUGAAGCUGUGGUUCAUGCAAUGAAGGUUCUGGAGGUCCAUGAUAAUCUGGACAAGCAGCUUCCAGAAGAAAGUGAGGAAGACCUGAGUGAGAAAGAGAAAGCCAUAGUGCGAGAGAUGUGCAACGUGGUGUGGCGAAAGCUGGGUGAUGCAGCAGGAUCAAAGCCGUCCAUCCGACAGCAGCUCUCUGGGAAUCAGUUCAAAGGUCCUCUAUAGCAGCUCUAGCACAUAAGGGAACAUUCCUCCUUCUGUUCAUCCACCAUGAAACUCCAACAGGGCCAAAAUGAGAAACCACUCACAGCAACAACAGGCAGCAUGAACACUCCUGUCCACAACCAUCUUCCAUGUCAAGUCAUUUGGAGUCGAGCUUGCCAUUGACGUUGGAUCACUCCGCACCAGUUUUCAGAUAGUAGCCAUGUUUUAUAUUCAGUCAAUCAGUGAACAUUAUAAGCAAUAAUCUGCAUGGAAAUAACAUUGUUUGAUUAUUAAUUAUAUUUUUUCUUUAUUGCCAUGAUGGAUCUUUUUUUGAAUUUAUGGCCCUGGCCCAAAUGGCACAUCUUCUAUGAGUCAGCAGUCACUGACAAUUACCCAACAGUCAAUGUGGUCAAAUGUAGACUCCACAAAGAAGAACCAUAAAGGACGGUGCCAUUUGGGACAAGGCCCAUGAACCCGUGUUAACAACUGGCAGCUAGUCAUGUUCAGUCAGUUUGCCUCAUCUGUAUUUUUUAUUUUUUUUGCUUCUUUUUUUAUUACUUAACAGUGAUGUCAAAAACUCAUUAUUGUGUCCUUACAAUCUUCUAGACAAAGUUGGGCCAUCAAACUUUCAGAGCAAAAUGGGCGAUACCAGAUAAGGCUCACUCCACUCCACUGUGUUCUGGUACCCUUUCUGUGCAUCAGUAACGUACAGAAAUAACUCUGAAAGACAAUGUAAGAUAUGUACAAAAGCUUUAAAUCACUUUAUUAUUAUGUUGUCUUUUUAAGUCUUUUUACUUUUUCUAGUGGCUGUUUUUAACUCAACAGCGUAUGGGGUUUCUUAACAGCACAACACUUUUUAGACAAUGCAACUGAGACACAAUAACAGCACAGUACAUGCUAAAUAUGAUUUUCCCUGUUCCUGUAUGAAAAAAAAACAGCUGGUGGUCACAACUGAAAUCCAUUGUUUUUGUAUGUUUAAGAUGUCAAAUUUCAGAACAGUGUGCUGUGCAUGCUUGACAAUCAUGUCUCUCAGGUCUGGGGAAAUUACAAGUGUACAUCAAAAAUCAUCUGGCUGAAACAAUAGAUUUGUCCUUUUUCCAGUCUUUUUGUUUAUAUCCAUGAUUACAGUUGGUUGAGAAUGACAUUGAAUCCAUUUGAACCGACCCUUUAACAGUCAAGACUAAUAUAUUGACAGAAAUCAUUGUGGUAACCUAAUGUUUAAAGAUCUAAGCUGUCUGGUUCAACCCUAAAUAGGGGUGACCUUCAAAUCUAAGACUCCUGAAAGCCCUUUCAUGUGAUGCAGGUCAAGGCAUAACACACCACCAGUGUUGGCAGUAAUGCAUUACUUUUUCCAAGUAACUAGUAAAGUAACAUUACUUUUAAAUUUACUACAAAAUAUCUGAGUUACUUUUUCAAAUAAGUAUCGCAAAUUACUUUGUUUUCCCUUUUAUUGACUGACAGCUCUCCUGUCCCCAUGUUAAGAGAAAUCGGAAGUAAUGCUGCCUUCACAUGCUUUCAGAAUUAUCAUAAAUACUAGUUUCUUAGGUAAAAAUUGCACAUGAACGCCCUCCCAUUUCGAGUGCAGAGCCAUUGUGUGAGCUGUGGGAAAACAUGACGGUUGGUAACUUUCCACACCACACAUGCCAUGCACCGCUUUGACCUCCACAUGAAUACUUGGCACAUAACUGCAAUGGUAAACAGGGUCAAAGUUUAAACUGAGGCAGGUUUAUGUCUUAAAAAGUGGACAAGUACACCAAUAUGUUCUGCCCCAACUUAAUACUUCACCCCAGGAAAAAAAACUGCAGUUAUAAUGUGGAGUUACAUGUAGAACGCCCAUCAUUCACAAAGUUGUUCAUGUUUCCCACCCUUUGCUUGUUGGUUUCUUCAGUAUUUUGGCUAAUUUGAUCAUGUUUUCAGUUCUCAUUGUGUGGUGUAGCACUUUCAUCACUAUAUAAUGAAUUUUACGUUUAAAUUCCACACAUUUUCCCUCAAAAGCCUGCAGGGCCUGCUAUUCAACAGAGAACAAGCAUCAAUCCUAAGUAGUGAUCAAGGAUAUAGCAAGUGAUAUUUAGCUAAUUUAAAUGCAUGUCAGCAACAGUUUAAUGUAUGUGAGUCUAUUUUUCCUGCUAUUUUCUUUCAAUGUCAGAUAAACUUCUUGGCCAAGUUCUAAAACAGGCAUGCUUAUAAAUGAAAUACUAAGGCUGUGUUCAGAAUGCAGUUUUAACAUAUUGUGCAAUAUAUGCUGAAUACUAACAUAAAAAAACAAAUAAUAUGUAAAACAAUGUACAUUAUACAACCAUAAACAAUAGUACUGUCAUAUGGAAAAGUAAAAUAUUUCAUAUUCAAAUAAACUGCAGCUAAUUCCAGUUCAAUCUUCACUCUGGAAAUGGUAGGUUGAACGCAUUGCAUUGUGGGAUACAAUAUUGUGAAAAGUGUUCUUUGUUGUAUAUCGGAUUUUGGAAAAUAUAUACAGCAAAAUGAUGAGUAAUAUGUUAGUAAGCUAUUCUGAACAUAGCCAAAAAUGGCUAAAGAAGGAGUUUGAAGAGUUUUAACAAAUUAAUCAGAGGUGUUUUCUCUUUAUGGAAGAGUGUUUUUGAUUGGCUGGUUUUGACCCACCUGUUGCUGUUGUUAAUGAAAGGAGUUGCAAACAGAUCCUAUACAGAUUCUCUUGGGAAAUGGUCUGAACACAAAGCCAUGAUUUUCUUUUUUUUCUCUUUUCUUUUGAUGAUUUUAUUUGGCUCAUGUGCUGCCUCUUUUGUGCAUGAGGUUUUGUUUGAAACCUAUGCACCUAUACCGUAUGUUGUUUUAUUGUGUAAAACCUCUGAAGUUUAUCCUGUCUUCAGUGCAAGCAUGACUGCUGGAGACGUCGGGGUGAUGUUUUAUGGCGGAGAUGUAAAGAAAAAAGUUGUACAAAGUGAACCAAGACGAUUUUGUCAAUAAAAAGCAAACUAUU